CUUGUUCUACAGGGAUUUAUUAGUAGUAAUAUCUCACUUGGUUAGGUAUUCUUUGAUCAAAUACAUAUGAAUAUUUAGAAGAAAACAUUACAACGUUCAUUUGGAGAAUUGGAUUAUAAACUGCUGAACUGUUUGGCGUCUUGAUUCAAGAUGACUGACGCAGGAGAGGCUUCAUCGGCAGAAUGCAGCAUAAAGGUAAUGUGUCGGUUUCGGCCGCUCAAUCCAUCAGAAAAGACAAGAGGAGAUCAAUUCUUGGCAAAGUUUCCUUCUGCUGAGCAAGUUACCUUUGGAAGCCCGUCUAGAACAUACACGUUUGACAAAGUCUUCAACGAAACGACGUCACAAGAACAAGUAUAUUUAGCUGGGGCUAAACCGAUUGUGAAAGAUGUUCUUGAGGGCUACAAUGGAACUAUAUUUGCGUAUGGACAAACAUCGAGCGGAAAGACACAUACUAUGGAGGGUAUCCUUCAUGAUGAAAGUCUACAGGGCAUCAUUCCGCGUAUCGUCGAAGAUAUUUUCAAUCAUAUUUAUACCAUGGAUGAAAAUCUGGAAUUCCACAUCAAAGUUUCCUAUUUUGAAAUCUAUUUGGACAAGAUCAGAGAUUUACUGGAUGCCUCCAAGACUCAUCUGUCUGUUCAUGAGGACAAAAAUCGAGUUCCUUAUGUGAAAGGAUGCACCGAACGAUUUGUCGCAUCACCUGAGGAAGUUAUGGAGACUAUUGAUGAAGGAAAGUCAACUAGACAUGUUGCUGUGACAAACAUGAAUGAGCAUAGUUCCAGAAGUCACUCCAUAUUUCUCAUCAACGUAAAACAAGAGAACACAGUUACUGAAACUAAGCUUACUGGGAAACUAUAUUUGGUGGAUUUGGCUGGAAGUGAAAAGGUUGGCAAAACAGGAGCAGAAGGCACGUUACUUGAUGAAGCAAAGAAUAUCAAUAAAUCUCUCUCUGCUCUGGGAAAUGUCAUCUCUGCCCUAGCUGAUGGAAAGAAAACCCACAUUCCAUAUCGUGAUAGUAAAAUGACACGUAUCCUGCAGGACAGUUUAGGAGGAAAUUGUCGAACCACAAUUUUUAUUUGUUGCUCUCCUGCGAGUUAUAACGAAUCCGAGACAAAGUCAACGCUACUUUUUGGUGUGAGAGCCAAGACCAUCAAGAACUCCGUACAAGCGAACGUAGAAUUAACAGCCGAGCAAUGGAGAAAGAAAUAUGAGAAAGAGAGAGACAAGAACAAGCAUCUAACUCACGUCAUCGCUCACAUGGAGAAGGAACUAUUAAGAUGGAGAGCAGGUGAGGCAGUACCAGAAGGAGAACAGGUCAAGCCCAAGGAGGUGCGAGGAGCAUUAGAAGAAAAUAAAGCGGCCGCUCCCCCCACUCCCGCUGCAGUCGUUGCAGCUAUUACUAAUGAAGCUAGCAAAGAAAGUGGAGACCAUGUUGCUGAGCAACCACGAUCAUUGACCGUGACGCCGAACAACUCAUCCACGUCUAUUUCAUCUGGUGCAGCAACAAACAAUGUGGCCUGGGAGGAUGAAGAUAAACAGAACUUAUACAAGAUGUUGGAUGAUAAGGAUGAUGAAAUCAAUGAACUAACACAAAUUGCUGAAAGAUUGAAACAGCAAAUGAUUGAACAGGAAGAGGUUAUCAAACAGACAAGAGAGGAUUAUGAGAAUGUACAGGAGGAAAUGACCAGAUUGCAGAGCGAAAAUGACGCGGCAAAAGAAGAAGUGCAAGAUGUUUUACAAGCCUUGGAAGAACUCGCUGUAAAUUACGACAGAAAAGUUCAAUUGGUCGACGAUAAAUCGAAAGAAGUUAACCAACUUUCAGAAGAAAUGGCGACAAAGACUAAAAAACUUAUGGCGUUUGAAACUGAGGUUUUCCAUCUUCAAGAAGUGAGCGAACAUCACAAGAGAAGAAUUGCUGAGAUGAUGAAUUCUUUGCUCAAGGAUUUGGGGGAAAUUGGAGUCGCUGUCGGGAAUAAAGAUCAGCAAAUCCCUGAAUCUAUCAGCGAAAAAUUUGAAGAGGAAUUUACUAUGGCUCGAUUAUUUGUUUCAAAAAUGAAAUCUGAAGUCAAACAGCUCGUCACUAGAUGUCAGGCUUUGGAAAGUACGCAAGACGAUUCAAAUAAAAAGAUGGAGGAGAAUGAACAAGAACUGGCAGCUUGUCAACUACUUAUUUCACAGCAUGAAGCAAAAAUGAAGUCACUAACUGAAUAUAUGAAAGAGGUUGAAAACAAGAAACGCUCGUUGGAAGACGCCGUUGACCGUUUGAACGACGAAAUCAGAAUUCUUCGAGCUAAUGAACCAACUGGAGAAAAAGAAUCUCUGCCACAAGAAUCUCAUAUUUCUGCUGAAGAAUUGAAACUUGCUUUGGAAGAACAAUUGGAACGCCACAGUGAAGCCCAUCGUGAAUUAGUCGGACAACUUAGAGAUGAGAUUGAUAAGAAAACUAAAUCCAUCGAGGAAGUCAAAGAUGAUUUCCAGAAACUUGAGCUAGAGAACAGAAAACUUCAAGGAGAUUUUGAAAAAUUAAAGAAAGAUGAAAAAGAUAAAGAACAGGAAUUGAAAGAUUUGCAUAUCCAAUUUGAUAGAAGAGAGCAAGCAAAACAGGAUUUGAAAGGACUUGAAGAAACUGUCAGUAAAGAACUUCAUACUCUUCAUAAUUUGAGAAAAAUGUUCGUGCAAGACUUGCAUAACAGAGUCAAAAAACAACAGCAAGGAGAUGAAAUUGAAGAGCUCGGAGGUUCCAUCGCUCAGAAACAAAAAAUAUCAUUUCUUGAAAGCAACCUGGACCAACUUACGAAAGUCCACAAGCAGGUGGGACCUUUGGAAAAGGAAUUUUGGAAUUUGAAAGGGCUUGUUCGUGAUAAUGCUGAUCUUCGCUGUGAAUUGCCCAAGUUGGAGAAGAGAUUGAGAGCAACUGCUGAGCGAGUGAAAUCUUUGGAAACUGCUCUCAAGGAUGCGAAAGAAGGAGCUAUGAGAGAUAGAAAACGGUACCAACACGAAGUUGACAGAAUCAAGGAGGCCGUGAGAGCAAAGAACAUGCAGAGAAGAGGACACACUGCUCAGAUAGUAAAACCGGUCCGCCCAGGACAAAAUUCUCCUCAUGGUCAGGCUGCGGUCAGAGGAGGUGGACAACCAGUUGUAGCAAUACGUGGAGGAGGUGGAAGAAUGAAAACUCCAGACGACAGUUCAUACAGCAGAUCAACAAGAAUUGUUCCGAACUCACCAUCUUCUAAUGGAGUGUCACCAAAUUAUUCCUGGGAAAAAGGGCGUUUUGUAGUUUAGUCCCUGAUUCGAGUCCAAGGUCCCGAUUCAAGGACAAUGAAUAUGGGUGGGUUCACAACUUCAGAAAUCAUUGAAAUGAAGCGUUUAAGAAGACAACAAAUAAUUUCACAACAACAGAAGCCACCACAUCAACGCAACGACACCAUUGAACAUUUAUAAUAUUGUCAUUAAUUUUAUUUCCGGAACAUUAAUUAAUCUAUACAUGAGAAAGCUGUUCAAUUCAAUUUUUGUUUUCGUUUUUCGAACUCAAGAAUAUUAAAGAAUUUAAUCUAUACAUGAAAAAGCUGUUCACAACUUUAUCAAGAUCACAACUCCUAGCAAACUUUAGCCCAAGAAGAUACAAAUAAAUGGUUAUAAUUUAAACUCAAAAAUAUGUUGCUAUUCGUGCAAAGGACAUGACUAUUACGAACAUUUAUAAUAUUGUAAUUUUGUUUCUGGGAUUCAAGAAUAUCAAAGAAUUUUAUCCAUACAUGAGAAAGCUGUUUCAGGCCUUAUCAAAAUCACAACUCUCAACUGAACUUUAGCCUUAGAUGAUUUAAAUUGAUUAAUAAAAUUUAUCCUGAUAAAUAUGUUGCUGUUUGUAAUCGUACUUAGGAUAUGACUAUAUCAAACAUUAAUAAUAUUAGUACAUAUCAUUGUUUUGAGCUUGAAGUUUUGAAAUUAUAAAAAAUGUCAAUUUAAUUUAUCAAAUAUGAUAGGCUGUUUACAUCAAUCUCAUGACCUGUGACAUCUUUGUUUUCGGGGCUUGAUAUUAUGGAAAUUAUCAAUUUAAUUUAUCAAACGUGGUGUAAAAGCUGCAGUUUAGUACAAGAAAAUACAAAACAAAAUUCAAUUUACAAAUAUUUUAAAAUGCUGUUUGGUACCUAUUCCUUUCUAUCAUCAUUCAUCCAAUGGUUGAAAAUACAAAUACAUGUUAUGAAUUUUUGUUGCUUUCUGAUUUACAACUCACACCUAUGUCACAGCAUUCAUAUAUUUGCCCUCUUAGACUGCUUUCAAGUGUAAUAUGCUUUUGUAUGAUUGUUGGUGGCGUACUCUAUAGUUAGUAUUAUUAUUUAUGAAUGUAUUAUUAUGUUUUUUGACUUUUGACCACGAGAUCAAACUGUGUCUUGGGUAACUGAUAACUGGACGAGAGGCCUUGGUUUACCAUGAGUUCAAAUGGUUUUACCCCCUUUCUUCCUCUUAGGACAGGGGUUCCCAGACUUCAUUAGCCGCGGGCAAGAUUAGAAUCGGAGGGAUGUUCGCGGGCCGGAUGAUAGCGCUCGAAAGUGCACGACGGUUUAGUUGGGGUUCAGUGGGUUCACAUUAUUGCCAAAAACGUCUGUUUACGGAGUCUAGUUUUCGUUUGUGUUUUGAUAUCUCUAAGCUUAUGUGGUUGAUAACUAAAUUACUGCCCUAUGUAAUCUUAAUACUGGUGUGUAUGAUUAAUUGAAUUGUUACAAUAACUGUAAUAAUCAUGUAAUACUAAAACGCAAACAAAAUCUGUUGAACACUACUUCAACCUGAGCUUGGCGGGCCAUUUUAAAUUGUUACGCGGGCCGGAUUUGGUUUGGUAACCCCUGCCUUAGGAUAAAUAUGUAAAAACUUUAAUCCUUCUGCCUAUUAUUUACUAGUGAAUUUAUCUCUUAGGUAAAAUCUUUGAAUUUACAAUCAAAUGGUAUUUAAUGAUGAUGGUUCAUCUAUUUCCAUGUGACUUCUGAACCUAGGGUCAAGGGUCCCAGGUCAAUGAAUGACUUAACAUACUGUGUAAUUUAUUCUUAUUGAAAGAAUGUGAUGGAUUGUUGGAUUUUUUGUAAAGAUUGAUAUAUAACUUUUUGUGUAAUUCCUAUUAUGCCUAUGUUCAUUGAUCCGCCUUCCCAAAAACACUUCACCAUCAGUCCAUGCAUCUGAAACAAAUAAUUGGCUGACUAAUCCGAUACAGAGCCAGAAAGUCCUGUAACAAACAUAGGCAUAACACAAAACAGGUGAAUCUCCGGCGCUCCCAGAGUAUGGUGCACAACCUGAACCGUAACCUGGUAAACAUACUAUAUUCAGGUUGUGCGCCAUCUUGGUGCACGUACUACGGGAACACCGAAUCUCUUACCCAAACCUGAUUGUAAUGGCAACCAGAUGAGAGCUUAUGGUUUGCCACAUUAUUGAUUUGAUUUGACUUACCUUUCUACUGAGGAGAAAUACAAAAUUCUUCCUAUAUUAUAUACGAGUCAAAGUUCAAAGGUUUAUUUCCACUAAACCAAGGGAUAAAACGGGCGAAGACAAAAAUGCCCUUUUUUCUCCAUAUUGUGUAAUAUAAACAAUUUCUUAUUUAAAGAAUUUCGAUUUGUCUAUUACAUUAUAACUUUGAGUUCUUAAGAAAUAUUGUUACUUAUUUCGUUGGACUUUUAAAAAAAAGAUUUUCGAAGACUUAAAAUACUUUGUUUCUGAUAGCUAAAUAUCUCAUUUAUCCACAUCAUUAUGACUUUAUAUUUCCCUAUAGAAUUUUUGGUACCAAAUUUUCACACUGUUACCUAUUUAAUAUUGUUCAUAUUGAGGCAAGGGAUGUCACAAGAACAUGAUUGACAGUGUCUUGCAACCUUUUACUACCAACUUGCUUCGUUUUUCACUUAUGUUACUGAGGUAUUUCAACAGACCAAAACAGUUAUAAUUGUGUAUAACUGCUAUACAAGGGUUGUAUUACUUUGGGUGAUCACCAAAAUGUUACACAGCGUCGACUAGAUUCAAAAAUUUGUCAAGAUUUAUUCAUGUGCUCUGUUUUGGAUUGUGACAUCCCUGGUAUAUUGUGCAUAUAUUUACACAUUUCAUGUCUGAUUGAAAAUUCCAAUUUAAGAAGUUGUGAAUCAAAUUUCAAGUUUAUAUCAAUUAGUAUAUAGAUGAAAAUCCUAUAUUCAAAUGAUUUUUUGUGUUUCAGCUUAUCGCUACAAAAUAUUCAUCUCUUUUUUUAUUUUGGCGUUGGAAAUAUUUUCCGCAAUUACUGUUAAGUAAAUACAAGAGUUAUCUCAGCCUUGAUCCUAACAGGAUUGUUUGUUUGGAAUUAACCCUAUUUAGUUCAGUCAAAGCUAAUAUUAGAUUUUAUUUCUCAACUAUCUAUUUAUUCUUUUAAUAUGAGUGUCUCAAAAAUGUUGUGUACCUCUAAUAAUACUAAUUGCCCCAAUCGUACAAAUCCCACUUUAGAUUUGUCUUCAGUUUUCUAUCUGUCCCAACCUUGGACAGUGGUACAUGUCAGGUGCAAUCGGGACAAAUGGUGUGAGUGGGGCACACAAUGUACAUGACUUUUUUGUGACACUGUUUAAAUACUUUAUAGCAGGGGUGUGCAACAGGCGGUCCGCAGAUCACAACCCGGCCUGCCAAGCCAUUUAUCGGUAGUGUGGCCCUUGCUAACACUUUUUCCCCACAAGUAUAACGUUCUAAUCCGACAGUUUUUGUUUAAAAAGUCGUUCACAUGGAUGAAAAUAAUUUUUUUUUCUCUUGUCCCUGUGUUAAAAAUCUUUCGCUGUUUUGCCCGGUGUCUUUAUUACUGUAAGGCUAAGCGAUUAUUCAUUAUGUUUAUGGAAAAACCAAAUUAUUUAUGCAGUCCGGCCAGAUUUCUAAAGUUGGUUACAUGACCCACCGACAAAAAAUGUUGCACACUCCUGCUCUAUAGGCAAUGUAGUUAGAAUCCGAAUCAAAUGUUUCAAUUUGUUUGUUUAUUUUAAUUCUUGUUACUGCAACUUAUCCUAUCAUAGUAGCUCUAUAUUAGGAGCGCAGCCAGGAAUUUUAAAAAAAGGGGGGGGGGGGAUUUCUGAAAUUUCCAAUUGCCAAGUUAGACUGUAUCACCUAGUGGCGUUUUUUUUUUUCAUAUUUUAAAAGGGGGGGUGGGGGUUUAGACACUCAACGCAACCUCCCCUCCUCCCACCUGGCUGCGCCCCCGCUCCUUCUGUAUUAAUGGAAGCUUCUCUAGAGACUUGUUCUGAGGUGUCAGACACCUUCAAAAAGCUUGAAACUAUAAUUUUUGUUCAAGACAAGCGAGGAGUUUCCCGUUUUGUUAUUUGUGUUCAGUUUUCGCUCGUGCAAGAAAAGGCUUUUCAAAUAUUUUUUUGUAUACUCUUGGCAUUAUUACAAAGGUAAUUACCGUAGUCAAUAUUCCCAUUUAUUUUUUUAUCAUAAAAUGUUUCAGUAAGAGGGGUAAUGCUUAGUGGGUAAUGAUAUUGACCCCCCAAUCCUAAUCAGUAGUGGGCUGGUCCUGUCCCAAUAGCCUCUCUCAAAGAGGAUCUGUAACAUUGAUUCAAAGUAAAUUCCCAUAAUCGCUAAUUUCUUUGUCGUUCAUUCAUUGUUUAUUCAUUCUAUGCUAUCAUAACUCGUAUGUUUGUUUUUCUUGAAUUGUAUUGUUAGGCUAUUUGCAGCUAUUUACCCUAUGUAGGAGAUUCAACGGCAUGAAGGUCUCUUUAUUUUGUUAUUAUUUCAUAGCGCACAUACUUCACCACCACGAUCUGGUGCAUUUGGCCUUUGGUGGGUUAUUGGGUAUAAAAAUCAAAUUCAAACUCCGAUACCACUUCGCCUUUGGCUUUUAUGUAGAUGAUUCCAAAUAUAUGAUAGCUUCGUACAUAUGUUGCUGCUUAUCUGGUGCCUUGUUCCUAUUGGCAGUGUGAAAACAUGCAUAAAAAUUAGGCACCUGGGCUUACUUGACAUCCUAAAUUGAAGAAGAAGUGCAUUACCCUCUUGCCCACCAGUUGAUGCAGGAUGUAACAAAUUGGGUAUAAGCUAGUGGUUCUUAACCCUUUAUCUUUCAUGGCAUCUCAUGUAGAUUCGUACCUAACAUACUUCUAGUGGGCGUAGCAUGACAAUUUUUUCACGUGUCAAUCCUAACCCUCACCUGACCACACCAUCCAAAAAGUACGUCACUACGACGCCACAGUGACCCUUCAAACUAUACGAACUGUCAUCCAAGAGGUGCGGACGAGCACCCGAAAUCGAACAGCUAUUUCUCUCUUUUCCUCGUCGAAACGAUUCCAAUAAGAGAGAGAUCGAUAACGUCAGACAGUUCUUUAUCGUCAGCGCCGAUGCCAUUUCGGGCGAUCGUACAUAUAUUCGGCAAGCUCUAUGACGUGAUUGUGAUGUUGUAGUGACAUAAUUUUUGGAUGGCGUAGUCAGAUGGGGGUUAGGAUUGACAUAUCAAAAUAUUGUCAUGCUACGCCCACUAGAAGUAUGUUAGGUACGAAACUACAUGAGACCCAUAAAACCCUGGUGGCCCAUUAACAUUUUCAUUUACUUAACUCCAGCAUUAUUGAAUAUGUUGCUGUUGCCCAGCAGUUGUCCGUGGCACACUAGUUGAGAACUCACAGAAUAAGCAAUAAAGAUACAUCUUUGCUUUAAAGCCUUGUUUAGAAUCAAAGUGUGCAAACUACCGAAUAAAAAAAAAAACAGGGCUGCUCCUUCCCAUCAAGAAUAAAAAUAAUAAUUAGCUGCAAAUGGCCCAACAAUGUUGUUCUAAUGAUCUGUUGUUCUUUAUUAUUGUUCUUCUACUUACAGUUGCAUGCUUUGCGACGUACGGUGACCGCAUGAAAUUUAUCAAAUAAAAGUGUUGUGAACAAUGUA